AAGUCCAUUGGUAGUUUGGCUUCUAGUUCCAUAACACUUGUACGAUUUUUUGGCCCCCUCUCUGCUUAUUCUUCUCUCUCCCUCUCUCUCUCUCUCUCUCUUCUUCGUAUGGCGAUGCAAACGGUUUAUUUGAAAGAACAUGAAGGGGUUGUCCACAAUUCUGUUGGACAGUUAUCAUCUGCAACUUCAGCUCCAUGGUGGAGUGCCUUUGGAUCUCAAUCAGUUUGUGGGGAGUCUUGUGGCCAAAUGAAACCCUUUUCAUUGGAGCUUCCCAACUAUGUAGACCAAUUGGCCACCGGCAAGCAAUCAGCACGAGGCGUUGAACAAUUGUUGGAUAGAGGACAUACAACCCAGUUUACUAUCUUUCCAGAUGAUGCACAAAGUCCUCAGGCAACCUUAUCACUGCAGUCAUCACUUGCUGAGCCCCGCAAUCGUUUUGAGCAUGGGUUUAAUCAGCCUAUGAUCUGUGCAAAAUAUCCUUAUAUGGAUCAAUUUUAUGGGCUCAUCUCAACUUAUGGACCUCAAAUUUCGGGACGUAUAAUGCUUCCAUUUAACUUGACAUAUGAUGAUGGACCAACUUACGUAAAUGCUAAGCAGUACCACGGAAUCAUUAGACGUCGACAAUCCCGGGCUAAAGCUGUACUUGAGAAUAAAUUGAUAAAACGGCGCAAGCCAUAUAUGCAUGAAUCACGCCAUCUACAUGCAAUGCGGCGACCAAGAGGAUGCGGUGGUCGCUUCUUGAACACGAGAAAUUCCACUGACGUAAAUGGUAAAAGUGGAAGAGAAGUGAACAAAAACAGUGCCUCUCAGAGUUCUGAGGUUGGAACUAUAAAUUCAUCAAAGGAGACAAAUGGAAGCAGUCCAAAUAUCUCCGGUUCAGAGGUGACCAGCAUGUAUUCUCGAGGAGGUUUUGAUAACUUUUCUGUCAAUCAUCUUGGAUCUACCGUUCACUCACUAACAGGCAUGAUAGAUAGUGGGCACGGUAUCAUCAUGUCCACAAAAUGGGGUGCAGCAGGUAACUGCUGCAACCUUAAAGUUUGAUUGGCAAGGAGACAAGAGGGCUUGGUGUAACGCUACACCAAACCCCCCUUGCGAUGACCAGAUGAACACGCCAAUCUGUUGCAGUUUCUUGCGUUUGCUGUGACAAAUUUGGUUCUGGAGGCUUGCCUCUACAUCUGGUUUGAAGGCAAAUCAUUGAUGGCUGGUGCUCAGGCAACUCAUCCUUGGCUCAUUUUAUUUAUAGUACUGUCUUUGUCUAUCUGCGCAUGCUUGUUGCAGCAUGGUUAGACAUGCUAACAGCUUGAUAUCCUGAUGCAGUAGACUAUGAUGUGUCUGUCUAUGUUAAAAUAAAAGCAUGAAUUCUAACUAUGUGUGUGCUUUUCUAGUCAUGUCUAGGUGUGUUGUUUUAUUCUGACUUUGUGUGGAAAAAAAUGUAUCAUAGAACUAUGGAUUGUGAUCUUUGUUAGAAAAAUAAAACAUUGAUCUCGUUUUAUCCUCCUCGGAAAUGUCAAUAUUUUAUUAUCUUUUGCAUUUGGGUUAUAUAAAGGCAGUACAAGAAGUCACAAGUAGGUUAAGGCUUUCCACAAGGAACAUGGAGUAGACAUGAUCACUUUGUAUUUUGGUGGACUUUGCGUCCGUUUGGUUUUAAGUUAAGUAAAAUUGAUUUUGAUUCAAUUAAUUUUGAAUCGUUGAAUGAUGUUGAGACGUGCAUAAAUUUAUCUAAAUAAUAUUUUU